AGAGAGAGAGAGAGAGAGAGGAGCUGAAGUCGGAGCGCUCGGAUUGUUUUUGGGAUUUGCAUUGGCCGGAAAAUUUACGGGGUUGGGUUCGCAUUGUGGUCAUUUUGAGGGCGGAUGGUUUGUGUGUUUGAGCUGUUUUAGCUGAAAGGUGAUUGGGAUGGAAUCCAAAUGUGAGAUCGUGGUCGCGAUCACUGAUUUCGAGAUUGUAUGAGCUUGAGUCGCCGAGGGAUUGUGUUUUGUUGAGGCAAUGCUGAAUUGAGGUCUUGUUCUGGAUUAGAGGAAGAAAUCUUGACUCGAAAAUGCAUUUCGCGAAGCUCGAUGACUCGCCUAUGUUCCGGAAGCAGAUACAGAGCUUGGAAGAAGGUUCUGAUUCAUUGAGGGAGCGAUGUAUGAAGUUCUACAAAGGAUGCAGAAAAUACACGGAAGGCCUUGGUGAGGCAUAUGAUGGAGACAUUGCUUUUGCAAGUGCCCUGGAAACUUUUGGUGGGGGGCACAAUGAUCCUAUUAGUGUGGCCUUUGGAGGCCCUGUCAUGACAAAGUUUACUAUUGCUUUGAGAGAGAUUGGCACAUACAAAGAAGUUCUUCGGUCACAGGUUGAGCAUAUGCUAAAUGACAGAUUAUUGCAGUUUGUCAACAUUGACUUGCUUGAUGUGAAGGAAGCGCGUAAGCGGUUUGACAAGGCCAGCCUUCUUUAUGAUCAGGCUCGUGAGAAGUACCUUUCAUUAAGGAAAGGAACAAAAAGUGAUGUAGCGAUUGUCUUAGAAGAGGAGCUUCAUAGUGCACGGACUGCAUUUGAACAAGCUCGUUUUAACCUGGUAACUACUUUAUCUAAUGUCGAAGCAAAAAAGAGGUUUGAAUUCUUGGAAGCAGUCAGUGGGACGAUGGAUGCCCACCUUCGAUACUUUAAACAGGGCUAUGAAUUGUUGCAUCAAAUGGAACCAUACAUAAAUCAGGUCUUGACCUAUGCUCAACAGUCAAGAGAACGGUCCAACUAUGAGCAGGCAGCUCUUAAUGAAAGGAUGCAGGAAUAUAAGCGACAGAUUGAUAGGGAAAGUAGGUGGUCUUCCAAUGGUCCUAAUGGAUCUCCUAAUGGAGAGGGUAUCCAAGCUAUUGGCAGAAGUUCCCACAAGAUGAUAGAAGCUGUCAUGCAAUCUGCUGCAAAAGGAAAGGUUCAAACCAUUCGGCAAGGUUAUCUCUCAAAGCGAUCGUCAAAUUUGAGAGGUGACUGGAAGAGGAGGUUUUUUGUUCUUGAUAGCCGAGGAAUGCUUUACUAUUAUCGCAAGCAAUGCAGUAAGCCAUCAGGUUCUGUCAGUUACAACGCUGGUCAGAGGAAUAGUUCAGAGCUUGGGUCUGGAUUGCUAAGUCGUUGGCUUUCUUCUCAUUAUCAUGGUGGAGUACACGAUGAGAAGUCUGUUGCCCAUCACACAGUGAAUCUGCUUACGUCAACCAUAAAAGUGGAUGCCGACCAGUCUGAUCUAAGGUUUUGUUUCAGGAUUAUUUCACCAUCAAAAAGUUACACUUUGCAGGCAGAAAGCGCAUUGGAUCAGACGGAUUGGAUUGAAAAGAUAACAGGAGUGAUUGCUUCAUUGCUAAGUUCUCAGGCACCUGAAAGGUGUCUUUCUGUUGGACCUUUGGGAAGUGGUCAUCAUCAUUCUGCCAGUGAGAGUAGCUCUUUUGAAAGUUCUGAUUUUGACCACAAUGCUGCUGAAGAAUACACGGCAGAGAGACAUCUUGCUUCUUCUCAUCAUGACCGCUUGUCGAGGAACUUACAACAGCAAAGAUCCUGUGUCAAAAUUGAGAAGCCCAUUGAUAUAUUGCAAAAAGUAUGUGGCAACGAUAGAUGUGCUGAUUGUGGAGCUCCUGAACCAGACUGGGCAUCCUUGAAUCUUGGCGUUCUUGUUUGCAUCGAGUGUUCUGGUGUUCAUCGGAACCUCGGGGUUCACAUAUCAAAGGUGAGGUCACUUACACUUGAUGUCAAAGUAUGGGAGCCUUCAGUUAUAAGUUUGUUUCAGUCUCUGGGCAAUGCCUUUGCUAACUCAGUUUGGGAGGAACUAUUGCAAUCAAGAAGUACUUUGCAUCAUCCAACAAGCUUAUUUGAUUCCAACAAGCUGCAGAUGCAUCUUAUGGCCAAACCUAGUCAUUCUGAUUCUAUAUCAUUGAAGGAGAAAUUUAUCCAUGCAAAGUAUGCAGAAAAGCUUUUUGUCCGCAAACGCAAGGAUAGUCAAAGUUUUCAAUCAGUGGUGCCAGAGAUCUGGGAUGCUGUUUGUGCCAAUGACAAGAAAGCUGUAUACCGGUACAUUGUUACUUCUGAAACAGAUAUCAAUACUGUGUUUCAGCUAGCAUCAAGCAGCUCUACUUUGACUCUUGCAAAAGUGAUGCUAUUGCAAGAACAGACGAGUCACAACCAAAGCUGUAGCUCAGAGAGAUCCUCAACGAGCUCGUUGAAUCUUGGAAGUGCUGGUGACAGCCAGAGGAUGGAUUAUCUUGAAGGAUGCACUCUACUUCACCUUGCAUGUGAAACUGCUGAUAUUGGCAUGCUGGAGCUGCUUCUACAAUAUGGUGCAAAUGUUAAUGCUGUUGAUUCAGGAGGGAAUAUGCCGCUCCACCGUUGUAUUUUAAGAGGCAGAGCUGCCAAUGCCAAGAUGCUUCUUGCAAGGGGGGCAGAUCCACACGCACUAAAUGGUGAAGGUAAAACUCCCCUGGAGCUUGCAGUGGAGUCGAGUUUUGGAGACAAUGAGGUUCUCAAUCUAUUGUCGGAUACAAAUGGAUGAAGUCAUAGGAGAUAAUUCUUGAAGUGUCAUUCUGGAUGCUCUAGAGAGGAGGUAUUCUUGUUGCUUAUGUGUUGUCAUCUAUACAUAUAGUUCAAUAGCUGGUUUUGUUGAAGGAAAUGCGAAAGGCACUUGGGGGUUCUGGAGGAGAGUGGUAGGUUGUUGUGCCUGCCCCACAGGAUUUUGUGGCAGUCAGUCCCCACCAUUGUCACCAUUGUAAUUUAAAGCAUUGAUUUGUAAGUUGAGAGGUAAGUGAAGCCUCUGAUCAGGAGAACUGUAGUGUGGUAUCUAUGCUGUUUGCUUCCUUUCCUGGUCUAGCUGUGAAAUUGUACUUUAGGCCACUGUCUGUUUUGUCUGUAUAUUAGUUCUUUUUAGGCAAUUUUCCAUUGGAAAUGGAAGCUUUAUUAUGAUGUAAACUCUAUGAAGGUAAUUAGAAGUGGGUCACUGGGGAGUGAGGAGAAAGCUCACUUUGAUUUUUGAGUGGGGAAGUAGGAUGUACAACGUUGAUGUUUUCAUAUCUUUUUGAGAUUACUGCUUUUCAGAGAA